UUCCAUCCUUCCCUUAUCAACUCAGCCUAUUCAUGGUCCUCUCGAAUUUGACGAGAGAGUAGAGAAAUAAAAGUCCAGUUUCAGGGUUCAGUGAUGGCGGGAAUCACUACAUUCAGUACUUCAUCAUCAUCAUCAUGUCUUCGUUAUUCAUCAUCAUCAGGAGCUGCAACAACACUUUCAUUAUCAUCUAAUAAACCAUUUAUUCUCCCAAUGCGUUUAUCUACACCUAAAUUCACUCCUCUCCGUCACAAAUUCACCAAAAUUCUGUCUUUUACUAGUAAUGAUAUCAAAGUUGGUGCUAGUAUUGAAGUUGAUGGUGCCCCUUGGAAAGUUCUUGAGUUCCUUCAUGUGAAACCAGGGAAAGGAGCUGCGUUUGUGAGGACCAAGAUUAGGAAUUAUGUUACUGGAAGUACUGUUGAAAAGACUUUUCGAGCUGGAAUUUCGAUGAGUGAAGCUGAUGUCGCGAAGGAGACUAAGCAAUACACUUACAAAGAGGGUGCUCAAUUUGUGUUCAUGGACCUGACUACGUAUGAGGAAAUUCGUUUGAAUGACUCCGAUGUGGGUGACAAGAAGAAGUGGCUGAAAGAAGGAAUGGACUGCAUUAUGCACUUCUGGAAGGGAAAGUGUAUCGACUUUGAACUUCCAAUCACAGUUAAGAUGAAGGUGAUUCAAACUGAUCCUGGCCUUAAAGGUGACACUGCACAAGGUGGAUCAAAGCCAGCAACUGUCGACACUGGUGCUACAGUGAGUGUUCCUUUGUUCAUUAACACUGGCGACGACAUAUUGGUGGACACUAGAACCGGGAAUUACAUGGGCAGGGAAAAGUAGUUUUGAAACUUCUGGUUUUUUGUAAGCACCCCAUUUUGUCGCCAAGAUUUACGUAUUUUUGUGUACCCAUACGCGAGCAGAGUAGUAGUAUAACAGAGAGAAGGGGUGUUGUUUCUUAAUCUUAUUUAUUAUGCAGUUCUUCUUGGUACUAUUUUGAGGCCCAACGGAACAAACAUUCAGAGUUCAGUUCAGUGUUAUCUUCUUUAUAUAAUAUAUGAAUAUCGUUUCUUAAAGCUGUAAA